AUGUGUACCACGGAGAUGACGGAAUCGUACACGAUGUCGCCGUCGACGACGGUAUCUUCCAGCGCCGCAACUAGAAGCUCGCCAGGUCGGGGGGAUGUUCAAGACGACGAGGACGAGAUCUCCGUAGGCUGUCCUAGCCCGCUGCCACUAGUGGUCGUGACGCCAAACACGGAAGACGAGCUGGCCUCCUCCAGGGAGGACUACGCCGACCGGCUGAAUCCCAGAAGAACCUACGUGCGAGAUUCGAUGACGGAGGAUGAAGAGAGGGACUAUUCUCGUAACGGAGAAUACAGGAUGUCAAAUGGGCGAACCGGUAGCAGGACUCGCGAGAGCGGUGAUUCAGUUACAACGCUCAGAGACGACGAGGAAGAUGAUGAGGAAGAAGAAGAGGUAAACAGCAGGACAGGUAGCAAUGGUGCGACAACUGCCGGCACGACCGACGAUUAUUUCAAGCCGCUGAAACGUUUGAAGAUGGUGCAGGUGCAACAUUCGGAUGAGGAGGACGAGAGAGAACGGGAGUCCAACGAUCGCGGGGUCAAAUCCUUCAGUAUCCUCGACAUCUUGUCGCAUCGGCCAAAAGCGAAGAUUGUCCGUCCCUGGGACACGGUGGACUCCGGCCUCGGCCAUCAGCACCGCCAUCAUCUUCAGCAGCAUCAACAUCAUCAACACCAUCUGCACCACCAUCAUCAUCACAGUAGUCAUCCGAGUCACGCGGCCGGACCUCGGGACCUCUCGCUGAUGGGUAUGUCACUCGCAUCCAUGUCCGGCUCCAUUAGCGAGCCGCCCCUCAGCAGCUCCUCGUCGUCCGGAAGGAGCUCCGUGUCGGAUUCCGGUAGCCCGGACCCGCUCGCCCAUCAUCACCAUCAUCAUGCCGCGCUUCAUCACGCGGCCAUUCAUCCCGGUCUGCAUCACCCGGCGCUCCAGCAGCCGCAACAGCAGCAGCAUCAGCAGUUCAAGAGGAAAACGUCGCAACAGCACGGCUCGCACGCCGGCCAAAACGGCAAGCGAACUACAGGGCAAGGCAGUCCCUUGGAUGCGCUCUUCCAAAUGACUAGCAAGACCUUCGAUGCGGGCGAGCAUAGUCAGGAACAAGCUAAUCACUUGAACCUGUUCAACAAUCGCCAGCAACCGAAAAAGAAGCGCAAGAGUCGGACCGCAUUCACGAAUCAGCAGAUCUUCGAGCUGGAGAAGAGAUUUCUGUACCAGAAGUACUUGAGUCCGGCCGACAGGGACGAGAUUGCCGCUCAGCUGGGUCUCAGCAAUGCCCAAGUGAUCACGUGGUUCCAAAACAGAAGAGCAAAGCUCAAGAGGGACAUGGAGGAGCUUAAAAAGGACGUACAGACUGUGAAUCCACUUUUGGUCGCUCAACAUCACAAGACUUUCCUAGAGAAUGUGCAAGAUCUGGGAAUUCUAAAGAAACGACCAUUGCCAAACUCCAUGGAUGAGAAAUCGUAGAGAUCGAUUCGCGAAAUAGCUCUUUUUCGAUCUUCUGUGUGCAAUCGGAACUCAAUACACGAAUUGGACAACGGACAGUUACUCGUAUAAUGGUAUCUUCGAUCGAGAAGAAAGAUCGAACAGUGAUACGAUGUCGUGUUACGAUGUACUAUUCUGAAAGGCAUAUACGAAAAUUGUUUUAUGCGUCAAUGCGUAAAUUUUGUAUAGUUUUUUAAAUGUGCGAUUCAAUCCUUUGACGUAAUUUAGUAUCCUUACUUUAAAAAAAAAAAAAACGUGCGAAUAAAAUCUAACAAUAGUCAUCUUCUCAAACUUAUUUAGCAUUGCUUAGUAAUAUACUACGAUUAAAUCUUCAAAAUCAUUUCUUUUAAAAUAAUUUACACUGUUAUUGCAUUCACAAUUUUUCGAUAAGCAAAUAUUCUCUACAAUGGUACAAAGCAGUGACAAAACCGUAAAUACUACGUAGCAGAAGAAACCGUAAAAGUAAAAAUUAUAAAUUUCAAUAGAAAUUUUCGUUGUGCUUGUUAGAACUGAAAAGAAGUAGCGUUUUAUGUCGUAAUUUAUGGCUUGAAAAAUGGGAGGCGUAUGGUCUGAUGCAAUUUUAUGAAGCGCGGAGAGCGCGGUGUAUUAUAUUGUAUUUAUUAUCAUCUCGCGAAAAAAACAGGAGAACGGGCCGUGUGAGGAAGGCCGGUUAAAGCCGUCGAUAAUAAUAAAUUAUUAAGCAAAUAUUAUUCCGUAAAUUAUAAAUAACCACGCAUUCUGUGGCGCCAUUGUGUACAUAUACUGUAUAUACGUAUGCAUCGUUCCCUUGAUAAUAUUACGUAUAAACAUGAUAGAGUCGUUAUACAUGAUUAGAAUUUAAAAAAAAAGAUCGUAAACAUAUAUAGAUGGGACACUGCAAUAUACCUGAUUAUGAGUUUAAUUAGUAAAUUUUAGGAGCGAGUAUAUAAGAUGUAUAUCUACAUACGGUGAGAUUCGUAAAGUGAUAGUGUGAGAUGCGUGAGAGUAAAUUAGGAGCGCGUAUAUAAAUCGACUUAGUACAGUGUAUAGCGAAGCUAAAUAAAUGGAAG